AUGAACACCGAGGGACUCAACUGUCAGUUGGAACUCAGAGCAGCUAGAGGGGAAGUAAAAAUACGAGCUUGACUGACUCCUGCUCCACUGUCCUAGCUGAACAACUGGUAUCAGUCCAGUGUGUGGAAUCGGCGGAAAGCAGCGUGUGCGUGACAUAACAAACAUGUCCCAGCAGGCAGUGAAUGGUUUCCCGUACCGGGGCAGGGUGCUGACUUUGGACAACAUGAACCCCAAUGUUAGGCGGGUCGAGUACGCGGUCCGGGGCCCCAUAGUCCAGCGAGCGAUGCAGAUAGAGAAGGAGCUGAAAGAGGGAGUCAAGAAACCUUUCACAGAAGUCAUCAAGGCUAACAUAGGUGACGCCCACGCCAUGGGUCAGAAACCAAUCACAUUUCUCAGACAGGUCUUGGCUCUGUGUUCUUACCCUGAACUCCUGGAAGACAACAAAUUUCCAGAGGAUGCCAAGAAAAGAGCGCAGCGUAUUCUCGAGGCCUGUGGAGGUCAUAGUAUAGGGGCCUACAGUGCUAGCCAGGGGAUUGAGUGCAUCCGUCAGGAUGUGGCACACUAUAUAGCGAGGAGAGAUGGUGGAAUCCCCUCCAACCCUGACAACAUCUACCUCUCCACUGGGGCCAGUGAUGCCAUUGUGACCAUGCUGAAGUUGCUAGUGUGUGGUGAGGGUCGUGACCGCACUGGAGUGAUGAUCUCCAUCCCCCAGUACCCUCUCUACUCGGCUGCCCUGGCUGACCUGGGUGCCGUGCAGAUCAGUUACUACCUGGACGAGGACAAGUGUUGGAGGCUGGACGUCGCAGAGCUCAGGAGAGCACUAAAUGCAGCCAGGCAGCACUGCAAUCCUCGUGUCCUCUGCAUCAUCAACCCUGGAAACCCCACUGGUCAGGUACAGAGCAGGCAGUGCAUUGAAGAUGUGAUCCGAUUUGCUAAAGAGGAACAUCUCUUCCUCAUGGCUGAUGAAGUCUACCAGGAUAAUGUGUAUGCAGAGGGCUGUAAAUUUCACUCGUUUAAGAAGGUGUUGUUUGAGAUGGGUCCAGAGUACUCCAGCACAGUGGAGAUGGCCUCCUUCCACUCCACCUCCAAAUGCUACAUGGGAGAGUGUGGAUUCCGUGGAGGCUACAUGGAGCUGAUUAACAUGGACCCUGAGGUGAAGGCCCAACUGACCAAACUGGUGUCGGUGCGUCUGUGCCCGCCUGUUUCUGGACAGGCUCUCCUGGACCUGGUGGUCAACCCCCCGCAGCCUGAUGAGCCCUCCUACACGACAUUUAUAAAGGAACGGACAGCGGUGUUAACAGCUUUGGCAGAGAAGGCCAGACUAACACAACAGAUCUUCAACAAAGUACCUGGUAUCACUUGUAACCCAGUCCAGGGGGCCAUGUACACCUUCCCACGCAUCACUCUACCUCAAAAGGCGAUUGACAAGGCCAUGGAGGAAGGCCAGGUCCCAGACAUGUUCUACUGUAUGAGGCUGCUGGAGGAGGAGGGGAUCUGUCUGGUGCCAGGUAGUGGCUUUGGGCAGAGAGAGGGCACCUUUCACUUCAGGAUGACCAUCUUGCCACCCACUGAGAAGCUGAAGAUUGUGCUGCAGAAGAUCUGUGAGUUCCACCUGCGGUUCACACAAGAGUUUUCAUAACGAUCCUCCACCUUGAACUACAUCUCAGUCCUUCAGUGCCAGUAUCUUCAAGAGCCUUUGUGUGAUUGAGGGAGCAGUUUUAAUAUCAACUCCUGCAAUACCAUGUCUCACCUCAAAGCUGCGUUCACACUAGACCAGAUUUUCGAAGAUGAUUUUUGCAUCAGUGAAGAACCUAGAACAAUUCCUUUAGGGAGCUAGUGAAAAAAUUUACAAUCGGAUUUCCCGCUCAUAUGUACAUACAGCAUGUGCAAAUGUAAUGAUGUUCAGUGCAUAAUGCACUUUCCCAAAGUAUUACCCGGCCAGGUUUGUAAUGUUCAGAAGAUGUUUUAGAUGUUACUAUCUAUGUAGUUAUUCUAUAGGUAUUUCAGAUGUUCUUGUCACAGAUGCAUCUCUCUCCUGCCAAGCAUCCAUUUAAUAACGAGU